ACCUGGUUUAGACCUGGUUUAGACCUGGUUUAGACCUGGUUUAGACCUGGUUCAGUUCUGGUUUGGUCUUGGCUUAUUUCUAUUCUACACAUGGAUUCUGGACGUCUGGUGUUUGUCCUUUUGCUCUGCUGCUCUGGGACUUGGGCUCAGAUCACACAGAACCCUCAAACAGACCUGCCAAAGCCUGAAUCUCUGAGUUUCUACGACGUUCAGCCGAGGAGAGCUCGUGUCUCAUGGACUUUCAGCGGCAGCAGUUUGUCCUUGUUUGUUCUACAAACAAAACCUCACACAAAGGUGGUAGUUGUCCCAGAAUAUGUACGAACUGCAGAGCUCCUCCACCUGAAGCCAAACACUUCUUAUGAAAUCUUUAUCAGAGCAUACAGGUCUGAAUGGAGCAUGUCUGUGACCGGACGUCUAACCACACCGCCAGACUCGGUGCGGUUGAGCGGUGGUCCAGGCCGGUGCUCUGGUUCUCUGGAGGUGCACACAGACCAGUUGUGGAGCUCAGUGUGUGCAGAGGGCUUUGGUCAGACUGAGGCUGAAAUAAUCUGCAGGGAACUGGAUUGUGGAGGAGUGUCUGACCUCCAGGGGGCGCUGAUUACAGAGGGAUCUGUUGUGGGGAGGUCCUUUCACUGCAGUGGAGCAGAGGCAGCACUGAAGGACUGUGAGAGCUCUGAGACGCUCUGCUCAGCUGCUGCCAACAUCACCUGCACAGGUAACACGCCCUCCAUUCUGUUCCAGAUUCUUACAGCGAAUUUGAUUUUGAAGGAGAAAUGACUGAAACAUGUAAUUAUGAAAUAUUAUCUUGUCAUCAACUUUUUAAGAUGUUUACCUUCAGGAUUUUAAAUGUUUUGAAGCUGUAGACCAGGAGACCAGCUACCAGUCGCUCUCCACCCCUUUCAAAAUACCUCACCUCACAGAAAUGUCAUAUUUAUCCUGCAUUAAAAUCACAUUUUCUAACUAUAAACUGCAAAGUAUAAUUACUGGUAAAUGGCAUUUUUUGAAUGAAUCCUCACAGUUAACUGUACACUGUAUUAGCUCUGAUACAUUUACAUGA